CCUACGGCGGCGUGUAAUCUUAACGUAAACAACAGAAGGAUUCUCUAGUUACGCAUUUUUCAAAUCAGGCAAGGAUGUUCCGCUCGGUGAUGCAAAAAUUGGCGUUCCUCUACAAGCCUUACGCGUUAGCCAUAGUGUCGAUCGGCUAUGUCCUAGGAGAAUUGGGCCAUUUUUUAAUAGGCGUGACGAGCAAAGCCAUCGCUGAGGACCUGCAUUACGGCGACAUUUCCUGCCAAUUCAAUUCGACGACGUUGACGGUGGCCGAGCUUCCGGUGCAAUGCGAGACCGCGGAGAAUUCCACCUACUGUCGAUCCCUGGAACUAAACGGGUCCUAUUACUGCGAGUGGAAUUACAGCGGCCUCGGUCUGGACUAUCAAAUCUUGGCGGGGCCCAGCUUCAUUGCGGUCUUCACGAUCGUUGGUAUUAUCCUGGGCGUUGCGGCGGACAGAUACAACAGGGUGAGGUUGCUGGCGGUCUGCACUCUGGUAUUCAGCGUCGCGAUCAUCCUGAGCGGAGCCGUGCUGGAAUACUGGCAGCUCGUCAUUCUGCGGAUGGUCCAGGCAGCGGGAGAGGCGGGAUGCAAUCCGUUGGCGACCGGUCUUCUGUCCGACUGGUUCCCGGAAGAGCAGCGAGGCCUCGUCAUGUCCAUUUUCAAUUGGGGCAUUUACGGCGGUUACGGCAUCGCUUUUCCGGUCGGUCGCUACGUGCCCGAACUGAACGCCUGGGAUCUGGGCUGGAGGACCUGUUAUUACGGAGCCGGCGUGAUCGGCGUGAUCAUCGCAAUUCUCACAGGCUUGACGCUAACGGAGCCGGAAAGGAAGACGAUCGGUGAGGAGACGACCAGCGACGGGAAGCAAGUAUCGGUUUGGAAAGUGCUACUGCAACCGCGCAUUAUUCUCUUAUGCCUCGCCGCCAGCAUCAGACAUUGCGGCGGCAUGUGUUUCGCCUACAAUUGCGAUCUGUACUACAGAGACUACUUCCCGGAUUACGAUCUCGGCUGGUGGCUUUUCGCCGUCACGAUCGUCAUCGGCAGCAUCGGCGUCGUGGUCGGCGGGGUAAUCAGCGACAAAUUCGUGGCGAAAAUGGGAAUUCGUUCGCGCGUAGCGUGUUUGACGAUCAGCCAGAUAAUCGCGACGCCGUUCGCAUUCGGCUCGGUAUACUUCGAUCCUCUUUGGGCCAUGAUCACGUUAGCGAUCUCCUAUUUUUUCGCUGAAAUGUGGUUCGGAAUAGUGUUCGCCAUUGUCGUGGAAAUCGUUCCUCUGAAUCUGCGAUCGACCACUGUCGGCGUCUUUCUAUUCGUCAUGAAUAACAUUGGCGGAAACUUACCAAUUCUCGUCGAGCCCACCAGAAUGGCCAUCGGUUUCCGGGAAUCGUUGUAUAUUUAUUACGCUGGCUUCUAUGGCAUCAGUUCCAUUAUGUUCUUCCUCACCAUGUUCCUAAUGGACGGCCCCGCGGAGGUGGAGAAAAAAGUGGACAAGGAGAUGGAGCGGACAUCUCCGCCGGCUUACGACAAUAGCACAUUUACCAACGACGAUGGCCAAUUGCCAACGUUGGAGUUGCCGCGAUUUCCGGCACGGCCGCCGAUCUACGAACAUUCUCGGUUAUGAGCCGGAAAAGACUCUCGCUCCAAAGUGUAACUGUAAAUAGUGCUUCGAAUUAUGUAUCGAGCUAUGUACGCGGGCUAGGUACAAGUUGCGUAAAAUUCACGGCGUUAACCCGUAUUAAUGUUGAUCGGAGUUAUUGUCUUUCCACGCCGUCGAAAGCUGAAAUCGCGUUCGAUUUACGUUUCUUUAUUUACGGUGGAAAAAUACCAGACAGAAUAUUUGCGAUAUUUGUUUCUUUUUGCGCCUUUCGCCGGUCAGAUGUUGAUGGAUCAAAGUUCCUCAUGCCGGACCGAGACUUGUGAAAUUCGUGCGAUCGAAGGCGCGAUUUGCCAACAGCCGCGAUAAUUAAGAACUCUAUUUCGUUUGAGCGUUGCAAAACGUUCACGCGCGCACGUGUAUUACGUAAGACGUUUGAUAAUGAAGUUUACGAAAAGCUCGAUAAAUUGAGACAAGAUGUGUUCUGCGUCUUUCUUAAAAUAGAAAUCUGUAAUGAAAAAUGUACCUGGUGUAAUUUUUAAUAAAAA